GCGCUCGGUCUGGGAGGGUGAAUCCGGCGGCCGGAGGCAGAGAGGAGCGGAGAGGGGACCCGGAGGCGGCAGCACCGGCGGGGGGUUGGGGGGUGUCCAUAUCAAAUUGGGAGCCUCUGGAAUGUUUAUUUGUGGUAACCAGAAAGCAUGUUGUGAAGGGAUAAUCAUGGGUCAGACAGGAAAGAAAUCUGAAAAGGGACCAAUUUGUUGGCGGAAGCGUGUAAAAUCAGAAUACAUGCGACUGAGGCAGCUCAAGAGGUUCCGCCGGGCAGAUGAAGUUAAGAGUAUGUUUAAUUCUAAUCGUCAGAAGAUACUGGAAAGAACAGAAAUCUUAAAUCAAGAAUGGAAACAACGUAGGAUACAGCCUGUACACAUCAUGACUUCUGUGAGCUCAUUGCGUGGGACCAGGGAGUGCUCUGUUACCGGUGACUUAGAUUUUCCAAAACAAGUCAUCCCGCUCAAGACUCUGAAUGCUGUUGCUUCAGUGCCCAUAAUGUAUUCUUGGUCUCCCCUUCAGCAAAAUUUUAUGGUAGAGGAUGAAACGGUUUUACAUAACAUUCCUUACAUGGGAGAUGAAGUGCUUGACCAGGAUGGAACCUUUAUUGAAGAACUGAUCAAGAACUAUGAUGGAAAAGUACAUGGAGACAGAGAAUGCGGAUUUAUCAAUGAUGAGAUAUUUGUGGAGCUGGUAAAUGCACUUGGUCAGUAUAGUGAUGAUGAAGAUGAUGAUGAUGGAGAUGAUAAUCCUGAUGAGCAAGACGAAAAACAGAAAGACCGAGAAGGCAACAGAAUGGAGAAAGAGAGCCAUCCACCUCGGAAGUUUCCUUCUGACAAGAUAUUUGAAGCCAUUUCCUCGAUGUUUCCGGAUAAGGGUACAGCAGAGGAAUUGAAGGAGAAAUACAAAGAACUUACAGAGCAGCAGCUGCCAGGAGCUCUUCCUCCUGAGUGCACACCAAACAUAGAUGGACCAAAUGCAAAAUCUGUUCAGAGGGAGCAGAGUCUGCACUCCUUUCAUACGCUCUUCUGUAGGCGCUGUUUUAAAUAUGACUGCUUCUUACAUCUAAAGCAGUGCUCCGGGGGAGCGGGGCUGCACACUCCAGCGGAUCAAACAUUCCACGCAACUCCUAACACUUACAAACGGAAGAAUACAGAAACAGCAAUAGAUAAUAAACCUUGUGGACAGCAUUGUUAUCAGCAUCUGGAAGGGGCAAAGGAGUUUGCAGCUGCACUGACUGCUGAGCGAAUAAAGACGCCACCAAAGCGCCCAGGUGGCCGCCGAAGAGGAAGACUUCCAAAUAACACCAGCAGGCCCAGCACACCAACAAUAAAUGUGUUGGAAUCAAAGGACACAGAUAGUGACAGGGAAGCAGGAGCAGAAACUGGAGGUGAAAAUAAUGAUAAAGAGGAAGAAGAGAAGAAAGAUGAAACAUCCAGUUCCUCUGAGGCAAAUUCCAGGUGUCAGACACCAAUAAAGAUGAAGCCAAAUAUUGAGCCUCCUGAGAAUGUGGAAUGGAGUGGUGCAGAAGCCUCAAUGUUCAGAGUUCUCAUUGGCACCUACUAUGACAACUUCUGUGCAAUUGCUAGAUUAAUUGGGACCAAAACAUGCAGGCAGGUGUAUGAGUUUAGAGUAAAAGAAUCUAGUAUUAUUGCUCCAGUUCCUGCUGAAGAUGUUGAUACUCCUCCAAGAAAGAAGAAGAGGAAGCACAGGUUGUGGGCUGCUCAUUGCAGAAAGAUACAGCUGAAAAAGGAUGGGUCAUCUAAUCAUGUUUACAACUACCAGCCAUGUGAUCAUCCUCGUCAACCUUGUGACAGCUCAUGUCCUUGUGUAAUUGCUCAGAACUUUUGUGAGAAGUUUUGUCAGUGCAGCUCAGAAUGCCAAAACAGGUUUCCUGGAUGCCGCUGCAAAGCACAGUGCAACACUAAGCAGUGUCCAUGCUAUCUGGCUGUACGUGAAUGUGAUCCAGACCUCUGUCUGACAUGUGGAGCAGCCGAUCACUGGGACAGCAAAAAUGUUUCUUGCAAGAACUGCAGCAUUCAGAGGGGAUCCAAAAAGCAUUUGCUGUUAGCACCUUCAGAUGUGGCAGGCUGGGGAAUUUUCAUCAAAGAUCCCGUACAGAAGAAUGAAUUCAUCUCUGAGUACUGUGGUGAGAUUAUUUCUCAGGAUGAGGCAGACAGAAGAGGGAAGGUAUAUGACAAGUACAUGUGCAGCUUUCUAUUCAAUCUGAAUAAUGAUUUUGUGGUUGAUGCAACACGCAAGGGUAACAAAAUCCGAUUUGCAAACCAUUCAGUAAAUCCCAACUGCUAUGCAAAAGUUAUGAUGGUUAAUGGAGAUCACAGAAUAGGUAUAUUUGCUAAGAGAGCCAUUCAGACUGGUGAAGAGCUGUUUUUUGACUACAGAUACAGCCAGGCUGAUGCACUGAAAUAUGUAGGCAUUGAAAGAGAAAUGGAAAUCCCUUGAUAUCAGCUACCUCUACUUUUGAACAGCUGCCUUAUCUCCAGGAAUUUUCUAGUACUGUGGGCAAUUUUAGAAAAAUGAUGCAAUUUGAAAUUCUGAAUUUGCAAAGUACUGUAACAGUAAUUUAUAGUAAAUUUCAAAAUCAACUUUUUAUUGCCUUCUCACCAGCUGCAAAGUGUUUUGUACCAAUGAACUUUUGCAAUAAUGCGGUGUGGUACAUUUUUCAACCUUGAAUAAAGGAUACUUGAACUUCUUCA